AUGGGCCCUCCAGAAGUCGAAAUCGAUGGAUUUGAAGCAGGCGAGGUGUUUACAGGACCAGAUAAUUGUCGAAUAGUCCUGUAUUAUGAUCACCAGCGAUUUAUCCUCGUCAUGACGAAACCAGAGAGCCGAGAUGAUGGCGAUGUUGUGGCAGACUCGUUUCCGAAGAUCGAGGAGGCCGAGAAUGAUCCUGAUGAAAUGGUGUUCGAUCAGUGCAUGGAGGAUGUCAGAGAACUUGCGAUCUCGACCUGCAUGCAUACGCUUGCCGCAUCAGUCCAGAAGCCGAACAGCAAGCAACUGUCUCUUGAGGACUUUCUGCACCCAGCGACUUUCUAUCUGCAAUUACGCACCGUGAAAGGAAAGCUGCAAGCCGUCGGAAUAGACGACAUCUCCGUGUUCGCCAGCAUGCACGAACCUGUACGCUUAGCGUUGGACUUCGUACCUCGAUCUGUCCCAGCUCUCACUCCUUCGGUUGAAAUAGAGUUCAUUGAGCAUCUCUUUAUGAAAGUCCUCAAAGUCUCCAAAAAGGGUGAAAUAUGUGUCUUCAAAUCAGCAACUCACGGUAACGGAGACCAGCUCAAACGAGAAAUAAAUGUCCUCCAGCAAAUAUCCGAGAAAUGGGAGCCAGAUAACCCCCGUCGCCCCCAUCCCAUGCGUGGCUUGUCGAUUUCGGCGGCAAGCUCGACCGACGGUUGGGUUGACGAGGAUCUAGCGGAGACUAUUGAAGGUGACUUGCAGGGCUUGCACCGGCUAACGGAGUUUUUGGGCGUACGAUAUUGA